AUGGACUUUGUGAGUAAGUUCCGGGACCUAGCGUUGGAUUGCUACGAUGAGAAAGAUGAGGAGGCGCUUGUCGAAAUUUGCAUCAGCAAUAUCGUGGCAGAAGGGCUGAUGGAUGGGGUGUUGAUUUCGACCCCAUCAACCCUUCUCCCUUCGAGGAACCCCCUCCGCCGUUGCGGGAAGGGACUUCUUUGUGUGGGUUUUCCUCUAAGAUUCUCAAUUUCGCUCCUUUUCUUGGUAUAUUCAAGGUCACCCGUUGGGAUUUUAGCAAGCAACGUGGGUACUUACAGCGUGGGUGCUGGCAAGGACGGGCUUGCAUCAGUCUUCUGGGGGUGUAUACGUCUUAGGCAUAGGGGAUUUGUCACUCUGCCAGGACUGGUCAUGGCAUCUGCUGAUCUGUCGCUUAUUAUGAGGGACCAUCUUUAUUCCCUAGAUGACAAAUUGAAAAAAGGGAGGCCGCCUCCUUUGCUUAAAAGUGCUGAUGAAGACAUAAUCAUUGAUGGGGAGCUAGCGUCGGAAACAACUCCAGUGGUUGAUCCUGCAUCUAUAUCGGGGUGCUGCAUAGAGAGUAAGGGUUGGUCAGAGUGGGUUGACCGUGAAUUGAAUGACCCUUCCACCUGUGACGUUCUAAAUCGGGCAAGGGUGCUGGACGCCAUCUUCAUUUCUAAAGCUUGUGACAUCCAUAUCGAAGCUAAGAUGCUCCGGCAUGUGGUUAGGCGAUGGAGUACCGAGACACACACCUUCUGUUUAUGGGGAGAGUUCACUCCCACACUUAAGGAUGUAACCAACAUUUUCCACCUCCCACCUUGCGGCAACCAAGACCCUUUCCACAUCGCGCUGACUCCAGGAAAUAAACUAAAGCUUAAGGCUUUAUGGAAGGGUGCUCCGACUUCUCCUAGCACUUCUGUGCAGUUUAGCAAUUGGAUACAGCUUUUCGGGGAUGUUAAUAGGAAUGAGCCAUAUUGUCUUGUAGCAUUUGUAUCGUUAUGGCUUGGGAGAUUCCUCUUCUGUGACUUUUCCCAAGAUUGUUUGCAUGAACGGGUGUUUCCUUUGGCCUUGGCGAUAGCACGCGGCAGCGUGCUUCCUCUAGCCCCCAUGUUCUUGGGGCACCUAUACCACUUGCUCGACCAAGUUCAGCUUCUUGAGAAAGGGGCGGCAGGAACCAUGACUGUGGAAACUUUCCUGAACUCCAGCUUGUUGCAAGUCUUCUUAUGGGAGCGCUUCAAAGGGAUAGAGGUAUCCCCACUUCCAUACUCAAAGGAUAAGACACUUGCUGAUUCUGAGGAGGGUUCCUACGUACCGGAGGGUCUUCCUUUGAUUUGUAGAUGGUCGCGGCGAAUGCAAAGGAAGGGCCAAAAAUUUCUAGAGCUGCUGGAUGAUGUUGAGAGCUUUAUCUUUCGUCCUUACUGUGCUUUAUCAGAGGGAUUUAGACAUAUACCCUUCCAUGCUGAUUCAGAUGAUCUGGUUGAGGCCCAAGUAAUGACAGCACAAGGUCGUCAAUUGAGAAGGGAAACGUUGUUAAGCACUGCAUGCCUUCCUUUGCCUACACUGGGUGAUGACCACUUGGAGGUUUCCGUGCAUUAUUCACCUUACCAAGACAACGUGCCAGAAGAUGGCAGACCUCUUGCCCUUGCUUUGGUCGACAAGGGGCUUGCCGACAGUCUCUCGAAAGCUUACCAAAAUUACUGGAAUCGCUGCUUUGCUUCAUUUAGUCGAUUCCACGCUGCACAUUGCGACAGAUUACUUCCCACUAUAGUUCAUCAUGCUCGCUUACUGUCGGAAGGGAAAGCCAUCUCUUUAAGUGAGAAGCGGAAUUUUCCUUUCACUUCCAAAAGCGAGGAAAUUGUUGGUGAUUUUUUGAAGCUGAAGCGAAAGUCGGAGAAGCCAGAUUCUCACAGCGCCGGGAAGAGUGUAGUAGCAAGUGGUCCCCCCAAACCCAAAAAGAAUGCUCCCUUGGAGCCUUCACCGCAGCAGCAAGGAGGUUGGCAAGGUGCCGGAAGCUUGCGUAUACUUCAAACAAGGUUUGCUAAUACCCGCAAAGGCAAGGGCGAAGGCUCGGGACCUAAGGUAAUUGUAACAGUUGAUGAUGACGAUGAUAGCAGUGACGAAAGUGGUGGUGCAGAGACUGGGAUUAGCACCCACGGGCAAGAGAGCAUUCGCGGCACAAGUGGCAUGGACGAGGACCUUGACAAAGACCAAUACUAUAGCUGUGAUGAAGGCACAUAUCUGGAUUUCCACACUCACUUUGAGGAGCCAGAUGCCUCAAACAUGCCUCCCGAAUUUGCUAGUGACCAUGAGCAGCGUGUUGACGUCGAAUCGGUUGUGCCCACCGUUGAGGACACAGCAAGUUGCUCACCGGAGGCUGGCCUUGGCCUUCCUGCUACUGUUGCUGACACUGCGCAGACUAUUGGCAAGUUUGACACAGCUGCCAACACCUCUCCACAGCUUCCAGAAGGGUCCAUUGACGAGCUUCUUCCGCUUUGCCACAGAUUCAAUGGUUAUGUGGCAUUCCAAGGUGCACUUGUGUAUCCAGAGACAAUUGCGGUCUUGAGAAAAUUCAUGGACAAAUACGGGAGCUUCAUGGAAAUUACCGAUAUCACCUCUUCUUUCUCAAGGAGUGCUGCCUUUUGA